AUGUUGAAUGGCACUUCAGCUCCUGAGUUCAUCCUGCUGGGUUUCCCUGAGCUCCAAGAAUUCCGGUUCCUCUUGUUCAUCACUUUCUUGGUGGUCUACCUCUUUGUACUCCUUGGCAAUGCCUUGAUCAUUCUUAUCUCAAAGAUGGACAUCGGCCUGCGCAUCCCAAUGUAUUUCUUCUUAAGCAACUUCUCUUUCUUAGAGAUGUGCUACACCUCAGUCACGGUCCCCCGGCUUCUGGGGGACUUCCUCACUGGCCCCCAUGCCGUCUCCCUCUGGACAUGCCUUACUCAGAUGUAUUUCUUCUUCUUCUUUGGCACCACGGAAUUCUUCCUCCUGGCCACCAUGGCCUUUGACCGAUAUUUAGCCAUCUGCCACCCCCUGCAGUAUCCAGUACUCAUGGACAACCAUGCCUGCAUUUCCCUAGCCUUGGGGUCCUGGUUGAGUGGCUUCCUGACGCCCUUCUUACCCAUAGCUUUCAUCUCCCAGCUCCCCUUCAACAGUAGCAACCAACUGGACCACUUUUUCUGUGACACAGGACCCUUGAUCAAGCUGUCGACUGGUGACACCUUCAUGGCCGAGGCAGUAGUCUUCCUGGUCUCAGCAGUGAUUGUGCUCCUGUCGUUCAUUCUGACUUUGAUUUCUUAUGCCCUGAUUGUUUCUACUAUCUGCCGUAUCCCAUCUGCUUCGGGAAGACACAAGGCCUUUUCCACAUGUUUCAGCCACCUCAUGGUGGUCACUAUCUUUUACGGCACGGUCAUCUUCAUGUACCUCUGCCCUCGUUUUGGCCAGGCUUCUGAGACUGACAAAGUUGUAUCCGUGUUCUAUGCCGUCCUCACUCCAGUGCUGAAUCCUAUCAUCUACACCCUGAGGAACAAAGAUGUGAAAAGAGCCUUAAGGAAGGUGCUCAGCCAGGUGAAGAGCACAUGA